AUGGACCUCUUUAAAAAUAGUGAAGAAAAUAUAACUGAUGAAAUUUUGGAUGAGCAUGUAUCUAGACCAUCUUUAAUUCAGUCUUUGCAUCUCGAUACUAAAUGAUCGAAAGCUCCAUUUGAUCAUAAGCUAAAGACUAUGAAAUUUCGGAAGGUUACUUCUUUCCCAGUACCUGACCCUAAAACCAAACUUCCCUCAAGCGAUUUCGAAUCAUCUACCGAAAGCAGAAGACUUUCGCAUCAUAAAAAGUCUGCAAUGACCGAAUCCUCGACAAAAACCCUCCAAAGCGACAUUAGAGACCUCCUCCAAAAAGCCAUUCAAAUCAGGAAACUACAUACCUCCCUCUCAGAUUCCCAAGAAACUCCCACAUUCACCCACCCCGAUCGUAAAAAUCGCCAAAAUCGCCAAAAUCCCAAAAACCAUCCAACUUACCAAAACCUCCAAACGCACCAACCCCCUUCCGAAAGACUGGUCACUGUCACUGACCUAGCCAGUCCUUUCUGCUAACAUAAUC